CCGUGGAGCGAUCGCUUGGAUUGCGGCAAUCCGCACUGCACCGGGACAACUGGACGGACCGGAGCGGCAACUGAGACGACCCCCCCGAUGAGUUUGCAGCACCGUUAGUCUCGCCAGGAAAGCAACGGUGCUCUCUCUCUCCCUCCCACUCUCUCCCACUCCCACUCCCACUCUGUGUGUGUGUGAGAGAGAGCGCCAUGAGGACCCACGCCCCUUCCCAGGCGGAAACCCCCCCUUAUACCUCCCGACCCGCGAGCGUGGCGAAGAGGGACGCGCCUUUCCCUCCCAUCCACCAGCCCGCGCCUGUCGCGGGCCGAGACCGGACCAAACGGGCGGCCAAGGCCGAGAGGUCGCAGCCGGUGCCGCCCCCGGCGCUCGGACCCCGGGCAGCGCGGCGCGGCGGCGGCGGGUUUCCCCACUCGUGGCCGAAGCCGGACUUCCAGCCGGGACGGCGACCCCAACCCCGGCGGCAGCAGCAGCGGCAGCAGCACCCGGCGGGCAGGGCAGCGGUCGGACCCGCCCGGUUGCCCGCGCCCAAGGCCCCGGGCGGCUCGUGCGACAGCGUCCCCGCCUCCCUCUCCGGGGACUCGUCCAGCGCCUCCCCGCUCGACACCGGCAGCGCCGCCGCCGCCGCCAACAGCGGGGAGGAGGCGCGCUUCUCGCUCAGCCUGACCCCCGAGGCCGUGCUGGUCAUCCGGAAGCGCCACCUGGAGAGGCAGCUCCGGUCCGGGGUGGACGCGGGCGCCGCGUCCGACCUGAGGCGCAAGAGGCUGCUGACCAACAGGAGGUCCUGCCCGCGCGCCGCGCUGCCCCAGGCCCGGCCCCGCUCCCCGGCUGACAUCCGGACGCUGCUGAAGAUCUCGUUGCUCAACGACCGGCACAAGUACGACGACGUGGAGUACGAGGAGGAGGAGGAGGAGGACGAGGAAGGGGCGGAGGGGAGGGAGGCGGCGGCCGAGGAGGUGAUGGAGAGGUGCCGCGAGUGGUUGAAGGGAGUGGAGAGCGCGCACGGGAAGCCGGACCUGCCGCGCCUGGUCAGUUAGCCCACCCCGCGGGGAGAGGGGGUCACUGGGGAGGGGGUCAGCGGGACGGACACACACACAGAGAGAGAGAGAGAGAACAACUGAAGACUGACCCCCUCCUCCACCGGUGCAUUCUCUCACGAAGGGACUUCCAACGCACACAACGCGUUUCUUUCUGUACGUGAAUUUUGCGAUGUUACUUCAUUCGGAGAGGGACGAGCGACGGGGAAAGCGUGAGACCCAUCAUCCAACGUCGCCCCUCUCUCCAUCUCUCUCUCUCUCUCUCCCCCUCACACCCCCCACCACUGGAGCAAUAGAAACCGAGGUCUCGGCUACAAGAACACAAACUCGCAACCGUGAAAGGUUUUUUUUUCUCUCUCUCUCUCUCUCUCUCUCCCCAUCGAGAGCAGUGACAUGUCACACGACGCGCAGGGAAUAAAAUCGGCACAGAGACUGGGGACCGACAGCCCGGAGGUCGGUUCGGCUGUGGUUUCUGCAGCCAACGGGGGACCGAGCGACCGGAACGGCGUUAUCGGUGAAAACCCACUUGUCUUCUCGCAAUUGAGAGAGGCAGUGGGUGAACGUGGCGACGGCACUCGGUGGGGGGAGGAGGUCGACCGCUCUGUGCGAGGAACACUCAUCCCGGGUGGAUGCUGAGAAGUAUUGCAGAACCACAGUGGUUUGUGUGGAGCAGCACAUCAUGACUCGGGGACAAUGUGUACAUUCCUGUAUAUAUAUAUUAAAAAAAAACCCCAAACGUAAACUGUUAAUAAUGCAUUGCUUUGAGCUGUUGAAGGUGAAGUCGGCGUCAACCGUUGAUCGCUCUUACUUCAAACAGUGCGCCCUGUAUAUACGUGUCGAUUCACAUUCGCAAAAUAAAAAGUCAUCCAAUUCC